UGCCGAUCGCAAUACCCUCUGGUCUUCCAUUUCCCAUCUUUCACCAUCACUUUAUUCAGAAACAGCAGUUUUAGAGAGAGAAAACUCAGCUUGCAUAUCUAUAGCUUAGAGCGAGAGAUUGUGUGUGUGUGAAAGAGAGAGGUUUUAGAGAGAGAAAACAUCGGUCUCUGUGUACACCUGUAUCUAUAGAGCGAGAAAGAGACAACAAUAUACAUACACACUUGUAUCUAUAACCUAGACCGAGUGUGUGUGAGAGAAGAUUCAGAGUAAAGAGUGUGAAAGCAUCGAUCUCUGUGUAUAUGUGUGUGAGAGAGACUACAAUAUACAAUUAUACAUACACACACCUGUAUCUAUAGUUUAGAGCGAGAGUGUGUGUGAGAGAGAGAGAGAGUGUGUGUGGAAUUUAAAGCUGUAAUCUAAAAGUUUUCUUUAGUUCAACGAGCUUCCAAUCCCGAAGAUUCUGUAGUGCUUCAAUGGCGGACAAUAAGGCCAGCUUUGUAUAGAUAUUUCCAACCUUCUUCUGCAUCAUUCUCAAAAGCUUCAAGCUCAACAAAAAGCGAAAUCUUUAUAAAAACAACUUUCGUUGAAAAGGGGGAUAGAGCAAGUAUGAAGCAAACAGACAAAAAAAGAACUCCAACGAAUAACCAAACCAAACGCUCUGUACGAUCGCAAACCCGAGAUAAUAAGCAACUACAAGAAAAAGGAAGCCAACCACCUAAAUCAAAAAAUACCGAUAAAAAACCCGCAUCUGAUGAAUCAUCUCAAAACGUCAAAACUCUCGAAACAAAUCAAGAAAGCAUAGACCAAAUUCAUAAAGGGAACACUAAUUUAGACGAAGUAUCAGACUCUGAGACGGUGACCGAUUCCGUAUCAUCCAGCGGGGAUUCACGGGCCGCAGAGGACGAAAAGCUAGAAUCUGGUCAAGCGGUUUCACAAAAUCCGACAAUAAAAGAUAGUUCGGAAAAUUCGUCACAUAAACAAAGAGUGAAAUCUAAUAAGGAACCUUCAGGUAAUAAUAUAUCCCAGAAGACGACAAUAUCUGAUAACAACUCAAAGGAUGUGAAAGUUCAUCCGAAACUCCCAUCAGCAUCGUCAUCGGUGUCUUCUGAAGGAAUAGACGACCAUAAUGACCAAACUACCCCCGAGCUGAAGGAAGUGGAUAUCUUGGAUGAUGAUGGAACAACGAAAGAAGAUUUGGAUCAAAAGAUCGAAGAAAUGGAAAUGAGAAUUGAGAAACUCGAAGAGGAGCUAAGAGAAGUAGCUGCUCUUGAAAUUUCACUCUAUUCGGUUGUUCCAGAACACGGUAGCUCGGCCCAUAAGGUGCAUACCCCUGCCAGACGCCUUUCUAGACUUUAUAUUCAUGCAGCCAAACACUACUCUCAAGGGAAACGCGCUACCAUUGCUAAGAACACUGCAUCAGGGUUGGUUUUGAUUGCAAAGUCUUGUGGCAACGAUGUUCCGAGGUUGACUUUCUGGUGGUCAAACACUAUUGUAUUGAGGGAGACAAUAACCGAAGCAUUUGGCAGUUCAUGUCAAUCAAGUUCAUCAACAAGAGCACUCGAUGCACAUGGAUUAAGUAAACAAUUUAAUAAUAAACCUGAUUUUAUUGAGUUCAUUGAUGACUGGGAAGAAACAAGAAGCUUCACAUCUGCACUUGAGAAAGUUGAAUCAUGGAUCUUUUCACGAAUUGUUGAGUCUAUAUGGUGGCAGACAUUAACACCUAAAAUGCAAUGUCUAGGAGACGAUAGUUAUACAGGGAAGUUGCUGGGACCCGCCUCGGGUAACCAGCAACAAGGCAACUUUUCCAUUAAUUUAUGGAGAAUCGCAUUCCAUGAUGCUUUCAAGAGACUUUGUCCCGUUCGUGCUGGUGGUCAUGACUGCGGUUGCCUUCCUGUGUUGGCAAGAAUGGUAAUGGAGCAAUGUGUUGCUAGACUUGAUGUGGCGAUGUUCAAUGCUAUUCUUCGUGAGUCGGCACAUGAAAUGCCAACAGAUCCUGUAUCGGAUCCUAUUGUUGAGUCCAGAGUUUUGCCUAUUCCAGCUGGUGAUCUAAGCUUUGCCUCCGGGGCCCAACUCAAAAACGCGGUCGGAAAUUGGUCUAGAUGGCUUUCUGACUGGUUCGGGAUGGAGGAACAUGAACAUGAUACAUGUGAAGAUGUUUCACAAAAAGACGGAAAAAGCAGUGAACUCAAAUGUUUUCAUCUCCUAAAUGCAUUAAGUGAUCUUUUAAUGCUACCCAAAGACAUGCUUAUGGACAAAUCAGUUAGAACUGAGGUAUGCCCGUCAAUCAGCCUUCCGUUACUUAAACGAAUCCUCUGCAACUUCACGCCGGAUGAAUUUUGUCCAGAUUCAGUUCCUGGUGCGGUAUUGGAGGCAGUAAAUGCUGAGGCAAUGAUAGAGCGCAGCUUAUCGGGGGACAAUUUAAGCAGCUUCCCUUACCCAGCUGCUCCAGUCAUAUACAAACCUCCUUCCUCCAUUGAUGUUUCUCAAAAAGCAUCCGAAGCUGGUGCAAAACAAUCCCAGUUGAAUAGAAACUCAUCUGUUAUUCAAAGAAAAGGGUAUACAAGCGAUGAGGAGCUAGAACAACUCGAUUCACCGCUUGGUUAUAUCAUCGAUAAACAACCGUAUCUAUCUUUAAAUCUUGCAAGAAAUGGAAAUGGCCAACAUAUGGACCAAACCACCUGUAUCGCGGUCAACGCUAGGUAUGAACUUCUUCGUGAGGUCUGGUUAUCAUGAGUUAUGGCUUCAUUAGUAUUUCCAAAGUAAAAAAAAAGAAGCUGAAAAAAAACCAAAAGAAAUAAGUUUUAUUUUCUCGUGUAUCUUUAGAACAAUGGUGUUGUAAUCAUAUGUUAUUUAUUAUCUGAAAGCAAGCAAAUGUCAGAAAUUUUCGUACAUUUACCAUUUAUAUUUGAGUUAAA